GUCCCUGGCAACCGAGGGUAAAAUAAUUAGGCGUUAUUUACUAUAGUCUAAGACAGACUGUGGAUGGUCUGUUAAUAGAGCAAGCAAUUUAGAGUGGAUAAAGGAGGGAUGGGUGUGGAGGAGCAGAGCCUGAUGCAGCCGGACAUGGUAGGUCCCAAGAAGGAGGGCGAUAGUGAUGCUGUGGGCUGCAGCAGUGACACCUCGGUUUGGUCCACUCCCCCAAGACUGUGGUCUGAAAGUCCACAACACUUAUGGGACUGUGAAGACAAAGCUGACUCAGUCACAGGCAGGACUCCAUCAGUCAAGAAGCUUCGUGGAGGAGACAAAGGUGUGAAAGCUCAAGGGCCCCACAAGCAGAAGACUAAACACACUGUAAACUGUCACAUCAUGAAGCUGCCCCCAAUCAAGCAGGCCCUGCAGGGGUCAAAGCCAAGGGCCUCUUCUGCAGGGCGGAACAGGAACAAGGAGCUGAAGAGCCAGGUGCGUGAUUUGCAGCAGCAGCUGAACGAGGCCAGGACUGAGAACAAACUGCUGAAGAGGCUCCAGUAUCGCCACACGAUGGCACUGCAGCACUUCCAAGACUCGGAGGGCAGCAUCUCACAGAUUUUAACCAAGCACAACAAUGAGACCCGCGUUCUUCAGAGAUUGCUCCGUGAGACUUGCAGCUGUCGUGACAUCCUAGCAAGGCAGCUACGGGCCACAGAAAACAAGCUGCUAAACACCAAGGCCACACUCCAGCGCCUGCAGAUGCUCAGCCAGGACCGCAGCCUGCUGGAAAGAGAGGAGCUCACCCUGAGGCUGGCCGAGGCCACUGCCCAGCUGGAGGAGAAGGACAGAAGGAUACUGGACAUGGAGAAGAAUUUUGAGUUGUGCCAAGCCUCCUUCAAUCGCCAAGUAGUCACUGAACAAAGAAAGAGCAACGAGGCGAAGAAGAUAUCCUUCUAUCUACAAGAGGAAAUAAAUCAGCUAACCAAGGAAAUCCAGGACAGAGAGAGGGACCUGGAGAAACAUAACAUUUACUCUCACAGAUUCCUAAAAAGAUCAAACAAAAAAGCUAGGGAACACAAGCAGGUUCAGACAGAGGGAAUAGUUCUUCCCCCCACUGUCACUGCAAGUGUUCUGGAGAUGCAGGAGAAGCAGGAGGAACAGCAGGAGAGUCCUGUGAAUAUGUGUUGUUACAGUCCAGUGCACGAGUCUACGGUUAUAGAAAACCCAGAGAGAAAGGAUUUUACAAAUGUCACGCUUGAAGAGAAUUGUCAAGAGGAUGUUGAGAUAUGUGCAGAGAGCAGUGACUGUGCUAAAGAAGAAUCAUCAGAGGCUGCACAGGUGUUAGAAGAAAAACAGGAGACACAACAUGAAACUGAGAUACCCUCCAUUUUGGAAAAGUGUCUGAAUGUGGUAGAACACCACAAGCUCUCAAAAAUCCGACGCAACUACACCUUCAAACAAGCUACUGAGAACCUGCACAACGGAAGACCCGCCUACAGCAGCGGGGACAUGAGCCCACAUCAAAGCACCAGGAGCGUGAUGAAGACAGAGGUCCUCAGCAGUGAGACACAUGACCCUCAGCUAAUAGGUGGAAAAUCCAGGAAGAGAAAAGACUGACAUCAGACUAAAUGAAAAACAGAGGAUCUUUAGUUUAAUUGAGGUCACUGAAGGGGUUAGUUGUUCCUUCCUGCGUCCUCUUUUCUCACAUUUUCUUUUAUUAAAAAUGAAUUUCAACAUGUAAAUCCCACUGUUUUGAAAUAAUAUACAAAACAAACAUCGGUUAAUUUAGGACACAAC